AUGACAAGAUCAACCAGCAAGGAAGCGAUUAAAGAUUUGAAUAAACUCAUUCCGCUCAUAGGACACGAUGAUAAGAAGGCACAAUUGGACGAGAUCUUGGUUUCAAAACCGAUUCAAUUCACCCAUAAUCUACAAUCUAAACAUCAUCUGACUUCGAACGAACGUGGAAUUCUAUGUCUGUUGGAAGCGUUAAAUGACAUUCACCAAAGUGCUGAUGCAUCUGGAGAUGAUUUGGGUCUAAGAGAUCGUAACACUAUACUCCAAGCUGUUCAACUGUGUGUAGAAUUCGGAUUGUCCUCAGAUCCAUCGCAAGAACUAGAAAGCAGAUCUCUGACCGUGCUGACUCAGUGGACCAUGUGUAGUCCAGAAACAUUAGUCGCUCAUACUGUAAUUCAGCACCAUUUGAGUACGCUCUACGCGUCAUAUCUGAAGAUGAUGGUGACGCAUCCUAAUCUCAACAUUGACAAAUUUGAGAGCCUGUUUGAGACGCAAACAUCUGCACGCUCCAUGACUGCCCUUGGAAGCAUCAUGUCUUCAAAUACCAAUGCAAAUAUUCAUAAACUAGCAGGACAAUACAUGUCUAGAGUGUUAAUUCGGCCUAAUGGAAUGAAGACUGUAUUUGAUUUCCUGUUGGAUAUUUCUGACGACGAUGAUGAACCAGCUGAGAAUGAAGAUCGGACAGGCAUGGGUGAAUCACGUCUAGAGUCACUUGCCAAAGUGGUUUUAACGGUACCUUCGCAAAUGGAAUCGGCAGUGGCUUACUUCAAAUUGAUUUGCCCACAACUCAUAUCGAUAGCCACGAGUCAAGUGAAAUUCCGUGCCCAAGCUGCAUCAUAUCUUUUGGCUCUCUUAUUGGAAAAGCGACCAAAGCUGAGUGAAAAGCUAGUUAUGAAACCUAUAUUGGAGCCUCUUGUGAGAUUGAACCACUCCAUGCCUCUACUUGAUCUUGGAUUCGACUUGGAUGGACGACAUGUGCUUGCAGAUGAAGCUAGUAUUGAGUUGUGUAUCAAGAGGCUACAAAACUUGUUAGCAGCGAGUUCGCUAGUAGCGGGUGACAGAAUAAUGACGUCGAUGUCUCAAGCCAUUCCGGCCUUGUAUUAUCUACAUCAGUACGUGACCCAAACUCCUCUAUCAUCUCUUAACAAACCCGUCUUGGAAGUGUUGACUGUCUUCUUCAAUGGAGCACCUUCUGAACAUUCGCAGUCAGAAUUGCAUCGUAUUGCUUUUGAUUUUGCUGAUAACGUCAACGCUGUGUUUGCUCCCGGGCCAAGUGCUGGUGUAUGGAUCGUACAAGACGAUGACGGCAUCACUUUUGACAAGGAUGUCUUUGUACAGCUCCUUCAAAAGAUGAAUGUUGUUCCAGUUGCGGCAACCUUCUUUUUGAGUUUAUUGGAAAUGUAUACUGGAUUAGAUGUUGCUGAAGUCGCUGGAGCGAAAAAGACAACAACUCUAUUAUCACUCAUUGCAUCAAUCAUGGACGCAUUUCGUGAAGACCUAUUAUUGAAAUCAUCAACGUCCAAAACCACUAUUUCGGCAAACACGUUACGCUUUGCUAAAUCUAUGUUGAGUAAUACGUCAGAUACUGAACUUGUAUCAAUGGGAUUGGCACUCUUGAUGUCUUUAUUAGCUGGUCAAGGAUCGGAUGCUAUUGUGUUGGAUGGCAAGACAGCAGGGGAAUUGCUAGUCUUGUUACGAACUGUGUAUAAUCAACAUCCGCUAGACAGCGAUCUUGUCACUGACGAGGAUGGUGAAACCAAGAAGGAGAUACGAAAUAUGAUUACAGAAUUGAGAUUGCUGAUACUGGCAAAACGUGAGAUUGAUGUUCAAGCAUCCCUUAUGGCUGAAUCAUCAUCUGAGGCAGUAUUCGUUGAAGCCAUGCAAGAGAUUCGUAACGAUUUGAUUCCACUACGAGCACGAGGCAUGAAUCUACUCCGGCAUUUGAUUCUGUCUCGAGAUUCCGUAGGAGACAUCAAAUUCGAUAUAAUUGCUGGUGUCUUUUUGGAUUUUUUGAGUCAUGAUGAUAGUUUUUUGUAUUUGAAUGCUAUCAAGGGUAUAUCUGCUCUUACCGAUGUGUACCCAAAUCGGUCACUUGUUUUCAUGAUGAAGCGGUAUCAAGCCGAGAACACGUAUACCUUGCAUUAUCGGUUACGUAUGGGUGAAGCUAUUCUUCAGACUAUUCAAAGGAUGGGCGAUGUGUUUCCGAAAUAUGGUUCAGAGAUUCUUCAUGGAAUCUUACUAGUCCUACAUGACGAGCAAGCUGAAAUGCGUAGUUCAGCUAUAUCACUCAUUGGACAAAUUGGUGAAACAUGCUCAUGGGGAUUACUCCCCUUCAUAUAUCAGAUCUUGGACUAUUUCUCUAAUGCUCUGAGAAUCGAAGCUCGUGUUGAGACACGUCGAGGCGUGGUAUUUGCCUUACGAGGUCUCCUUAUCGGUGUGGUUCAAUCCCGAUUCGGCGGUAUCGAACUUGACGUAUCGCAGCGUGUCCUGAACGAACUGAAACUUGUUUCGCUAAAUGACCAAGAUGAGCUCACUAAGGGUCAUGCAUUGCACAUCUUGAAGGAAAUGAAAGAGUAUGGGCCAAUAUGA